AUGGCGCGCUACUCCUACUACUUCUACAACGCAUAUCUAUGCUUCAUGUACUUCAUUCUCCUCAUGAUAUUCACUCUUCAUAUCGGCCACCUCUUUUUUAAGCCAAAUGAAACAUGGGCGUGUGCUACCUUUCUGGUCCCUGUCAUGGUUCGAAGUACCUAUGACUGUCUGUCUAGUCAGCAAGAUCGUCAGACAGCCAGAUGGUUCUUAUGGAAUCGGUAUGUGGUGGCUUUAUUGCUUUUGGUAGUUAAUUUUGCCUUGCCAGCUAGCAAUGUAAUUGAAGAGGAGUACUCGAUCACUCUCACCAUCAUCGUCGGGACAUGUCUCAUGAUCUUUGUAUUCUCCAUCUACGAACAUGCUGCCACAACAUACCACGACUUCCGUCUCUCCUUUCCAAAGAAAGCCAAACUUAGCAGCUUUCAAUUUUGCUGUCUAAUUUUAUUCCACAUUCUUCUUGUCAUUGCCUUUUUGGUGGUUUUUAGAAUCACCCCCGAAUACAUUUCCACUUACCAAAGCUACUAUAACAACCAGUUCCUUCGUAUUGCUUGCCAUCUCAUCAACAUAAUGUCAAUCCCUUUGAACUAUUGUGCAGUUCUGGCUUGGAAUUGUGAGAAACUGAAUUUCAAAGGAAUCCAUCCGGUGACUAAAAGAAGAUGGGUAGGGGUUAUGAAGAAGGAUAAGAAGGGAACAUGGGUAGUGGAUGUGGAGCCAGAGGACCAUCGCAUUUUUCUUGUUUGA